AUGACUUACUCAGACAACCUUGAUUCUCCCAGUGAGCCUCCCGGAUACACCGCAAAGUCCGAUUUCAAUCACGGUGACACUAUGGAGGAUGAGUCUCUUCUCCGGAUUAUGAGCCAGAGGGAUUCUCGUCCCAAGUCUAGGCGAUGGUGCCCAAACUUGGACAUGAAGCAUUGGCUGGCCAUCAACCUGGCCUUCACAUCCUUCAAUCUGGCCGUUGUUUUGGUUUUGGCUGUGCUUUGGCGGAGUGAAAGGCUCACUCUGAGGCCGGCAUCGUCGUCGACAGUGUCUCUUCUCCCACCAUCCCCAGCAACUGUCGCUAUUGAAAAGGAACUUCGUCCUUUCUCGCUGACCUCGCCAUAUGACAAGCCCCCGGGCCCAGAGACGGAUCAGCUGUGGCAUGAUCUUGUGAAUACCGGGGCCAUGUUUCCCCUCAGCGAGGAGCAAUUCUCGGAAGUCAAUGACAACAUCGAAACCGGUAUUAGAUAUACCCACGACCCCCAAGGGCGAUUCCUGGGAACCUUGGCCGCAACCCACCAGAUUCACUGCGUGGUAGGCAACCUUGUCACAAGCAGAGUUCCCCCCUGGUCGUUUGUGCUAAUACGGGGUUUCCCAAAAAUACAGGACGCUCUUCGCAAAGGCCUUUGGUUUCAUUACGAACACUACAGGGCAACAAACGACCCUCUGUUCAUCGAUAAAGAUCCCCCCGAGGAGCACCUGAUGCACUGCGUCGAGAUGCUACGAAACGCAGUCAUGUGCUUUGGCGACGUGUCCGUCAUCACGUACAACUGGAAGAAGGGACACGAUGCUCCCAAGGGCAGUUUCAAGAGCCUCCACGCCUGCCAGAAGUGGGACAAGAUCGAGGACUGGAGGGCAAUUCACAACAUCACCGAGGAAAUCAAGACGCUGGAAAGACCUAUCGGAAUAUUUGACGAGGACACGGCAAAACAUGCGCGCGCUUCCAACGUGGACGCCAUGGCGGAGCGCGGGUAG